AUGUUACAUCCAGCUCGCACGGUGUGCAGUCCAGCGAGGGAAGCACCGUGCAUCGGACGAUCGCACUUCAAGUUCCAAAGCGGCGCAAGGCCUGCAGAUCAGAUAUUCGGCUCCGCGUACAAAGUUGGCUGGACGUUAUUGGCAACAGUCGGCUGCUGGCCAGUAAAGCAAGUCCACCAUCGACGUGCUUCGAGAGUGACACCAUCCUCCGUUAGUCAUCGCGCAAGAAGGGACAGAGAAACUGAGUUCCUGGUGGAUGGCGAUACCCAGAAGGUGGCAGGCUGCAUAUACGCUAUCAAUGAGUUGCGGAAGGGAGGCCGAACUGUUUUCACCACAGUCUAUGUUUCCCGGCGGGGCCGAGAUAGCUGGUCCAUGUUCAAGCAAAAUCCGCACACCUGCCUCUGCUCCGUAGAGGGAAGUGGAGCAGGAGAGGAUGUUGACGGCGUUAUUGUAGAAAGACUGUCGCAUCUGGCCCAGGUUGCAGAUGGUGCCUGCCUUGCCCUGCUGGCAGCCGACAUCGACUAUGUUGACCUCGUCAGAAAUAUCGUGUCUGCAAAGAGAGAGAUAGUAGUUUUCGUCCCACGCAAUGCAGUUUCCAGCGUUCUAGCAUAUCAGGAAACUGGAGCACGCGUGAUACCAUUGGGGAGAAUCCAGGAGGGUCCUAAAGUCAGAGCCUUCCUGGAGCCCGAUGGCAGUGGCCGUGUCGAGACAGCAGAGCCGUGGCAAGCUGCACGUCGGGAAGAUCAAGCCGCCGACGAGCUGACAAGCUUCCUACAGGAGUGGGGCUACCGUGGCGAGCGUGGCUACCUCAUUCCGUCUGUGGCCAAGUUCUGGUUUGCUCAUGACCUCGGACGUCUUACAGUCUUCCCCGCUCAAGCUGGAUGCGCAGCAGCACACCAACAAAUUAAAGAUGCUAGCCCAGGAACUUCAUGGAUUGAGUACCGCAACGAUCUGGCAUUCUUCCUUCCUAUCGGAGGCGAACGAAACGAAAGUCAUGAAGUGAACGGGCCGUACGGUGGGGAGCUUCCGAGAAGAGUCUACAUCGGCGCGGGUCCUUUCAUUGUCAAAGACUCAGAGAACAUGGUGUUGGAGGUUCUGCGCAGGUUGGGAUACUUAGACGAUGAAGUCAACAACGACUUUUCAAGAGCUGUGCGCAGGUUUGUGAGCCAGCCAGAGAACAAGUAUUGGCUGCGCAAGAACUGUAGGGCAAUGCCAGAUGACACCGACACGAAAGAACAAGUCAUGGCGAAGCUGAGGAGGGCUUUCCUAUCCCAUGACACCAGUGACGCGACCUUGCUGACUCGGAAGAUGAAAAUGCACACGCGCUGUGUGUCCUUGGAUUCCUCUUUCCUGGUGGGGAAAGCGCUGGACAUGGCCGCGAUCGAUGAGGCUGCCCCGACUCCUGCUGGCUCGGAGGCAUCCACGGCUCCUCCAAGAUCCAACACUGUCUGCAGCGAAGGCUUUUCACCGAUGUCGCAGACGACCACAGCGAACGGCGCUGCGAUUAUGGCUGCACGACGCCCGAGUCACAGCCGCGGUGAUGUUCCGCUGCCUGCUGCUGGACAACCCGUGGCCCAGAGGCGGACCACAUCAUCCGAAGCCCCACGCCUCGGCCGGGACCCCGCACGCACGGCGGCGCGAAAGAAGGCAGACAUCCCAGGGCCAACGGCAGCUGGCACAGCUUCCGAAGCCAAGGAAGCCAAGGCCACUGGGCGGCCCGACGCGAAGGGACCAAGGGAGGCCCACCAUGGCGAGGCCCCCGCUGCCGCUGCUCGAAGGAAAGAGCGCGAUGGCGCAACACGGACCGCUUCGUCCAACCUGUUAAGCCAAGGGCCGUCCAGCACUAACAGCAUGGACUGUUAUGCUGUGGGCCGCCUCCUGGGCCGUGGGGCUUUUGGCAAGGUGAAUGUCGCAGUGCACAAGCUGACAGAGGAGCUGUCGGCCAUGAAGCAGUGCGACCGGAGGCGGCUGGCUGAGGUUGGCAAUCGAAAGUGCCUCCAGCAAGAGGUGACGAUCAUGAAGCGUCUUACUGGCCACGCCAACAUCAUCCAGCUCUUUGAGGUGGUGGAAACGCCCUCGCAGAUAGUGCUCGUUAUGGAGUUUGCGAAUGGCGGCGACCUCCUGCGCUAUGUGCGAACGCAACGUCGACUCCAGGAGCCCUGCGUGAAGGACCUCUUCAAGCAGCUCAUGGACGGCCUGGCGCACGUGCACGACAUGCGUGUCGUUCACAGGGAUAUCAAGUUGGAGAAUUUACUCCUGGAUCCUUACGGCUGUGUGAAGAUCGCCGACUUCGGGGUUGCUGUUGUCGCACAGCCUGGAAAGCAGCUCCAUGAGCACUGCGGCACACCUUCGUACAUUGCACCGGAGAUUUUGCUGGAAGCUGGCUACGAGGGUUUCCCGGCGGACGUGCGCCACCGGAUGUGA